AGAGCACGAUGACCGCGUGGGGGGCCGGGCGUUCCCGGGGCGGCGCCGCAAGGGCCGGGGGCCGUUCCGGGGGAAGAUGUACAGCGAGAACGCCCGGAACCGGCCCCGCCGAGCCCGCCCCGACGAGGACGACGGGGACGUGCCCAUGGCCGAGCCCCACGACGGGCCCCGCGGCAGAUAUGUCCCGUACGGGCCCCGGCCCAGCGAUGUGCUCCGGGUGGGAGCCACGGCUCCGUCCCUGCUCCCGCAGGUCGUGAUCGUGAUCAACGCGUCGGCGCCGCCGCAGUCGCUGCAGAACGAGCUCAAACCCGAGGAGAUCGAGCAGCUCAAGGUUUGCAUGAGCAAGAGAUACGACGGGUCCCGGUGGGCGCUGGACCUCAAGAGCCUCCGCGUCGACCCAGACCUGGUGGCCCAGAGCAUCGACGUGGUGCUGAACCAGCGCAGCUGCAUGGGCGUGGUGCUGCGCAUCAUCGAGGAGAACAUCCCCGAG